GUGUAGGUAGAAAAAAGUGUAGUGCAGAUAGAAAGCCCUAAUAAUACAAUAAUAAUAAGAAUAUGUAGAUCAUAAAAAUCCCUCUCGGAUAAUGGUCCGAUCGUUCUGGGCAAACGGAUUCUAUCCGAUCCGACCCGAUAUGGAGAACACAGUAAGCACUGAGCAGCGAAGAAGAGUGGUGGGGUUUGGAGCAGGGGAAGAGCGGGAGGUCUGAGGAUGGCAACUUCUAAAAUGAUAAUGGCUUCCAUGACCCACUUCCGCCAACUAACGUGCGCCGCCUACUCAACUUCAGCUUCUGGUUCUUAUCCUACGCGCCUGGUGCCACAUCCACCUGACUUGAUCAAAUGGGUCCGGAGGGAAGGAGGGUUCGUACACCCGGCGGUGAGGAUAGCUCAAGACACUUCAAAUGGUCUUGGACUCCUCGCUGCCGAGGAAAUCCCAAAAGGGUCUGAUCUUAUUGCUCUUCCUGAUCAAAUUCCACUGAGGUUUACCCCUCUUGAAUCUGACAGUGGAGACGGCCUUCACUCUGUUUUGAUUCAUUUGGCUCGCCAAGUUCCUGAGGAACUAUGGUCAAUGAAACUGGGUUUGAAGCUUCUGCAAGAAAGAGCAAAGGUUGGAUCCUAUUGGUGGCCAUACAUCAGCAAUCUCCCAGAAACUUACACUGUACCCAUUUUCUUCCAUGGGGAGGACAUAAAAAACUUGCAAUAUGCCCCUCUUCUAUACCAGGUAAACAAGAGAUGCCGGUUUCUUCUUGAUUUUGAGCAACAAGUCAAACGUGCUCUUGAAAAUAUGACACCGAGUGAGCAUCCUUUUGGUGGCCAAGAUGUAGAUGCAUCCUCCCUUGGAUGGGCAAUGGCAGCUGUCUCAUCUAGGGCUUUUCGUCUUUAUGGUAAAAAGCUUCCAGGUGGGACGUACAAUGAUCUCCCCAUGAUGCUUCCUCUCAUUGAUAUGUGUAACCAUAGCUUCAAUCCAAAUGCCAGAAUAGUUCAGGAACAGGAUGCAGGCAACACAAUGCUAGUAAAGGUCUUCUAUUUGUUGGCGGAAACAGAAAUUAAGCAAAAUGAUCCUUUAGUACUUAAUUAUGGCUGUUUAAACAAUGAUAUCUUCCUACUAGAUUAUGGAUUUGUGAUACCCUCAAAUCCCUAUGAUAGCAUUGAGUUGAAAUAUGAUGGUGCCCUUCUGGAUGCUGCAAGCAUGGCUGCUGGAGUUUCUUCUCCCAACUUCUCAACUCCUUCUCCAUGGCAGCAAAAGGUUCUAAAUCAGCUAAAUUUAGAUGGAGAAGCUCCCGUUCUCAAGGUCUGCUUAGGGGGCACACAAUUGAUAGAGGAUCGCUUGUUGGCAGCACUGAGAGUACUCCUUGCAAGUGACAUGCAAUCAGUUGAGAAGCAUGAUCUGGAGACUCUUAAAUCUUUAUCGGUUGAAGCUCCUCUUGGCAUUGAAAAUGAGAUAGCUGCAUUUCGUACCCUUAUCGCCGUUUGUGUGAUUGCACUUGGACACUUCCCAACUAAAAUCAUGGAGGACGAAUCGCUUUUGAAACAGAGGCCGUCGGCUUUUACUGAGUUGGCUGUCCAGUUCAGAAUUCAGAAGAAAUCUGUAAUAAUAGAUGUUAUGAGGGACCUGACAAGGAGGGUGAAGUUGCUCUCGGCAAAAGAAACAGCCACUGCCCAAGGCUGAAUUUUGAAGGUAGACCCGAUUUAUCAUCGGCUUUUGUUUCACAAUAAUCUCAAUAGUCAUGUAUGUUGCAGUUCACCUCCAGUAUCCCUACUUUUCUUAGUUUUUAUAUGUUUUACAUACGCUUUUCAGUAAUAUGAUCAUGUUAAAGGAAUUUUCCAGUGUUA